GCCAACCAUCGGCUGCAGGUCAAAGUCGGGGUGCCUCGAUUCACGGCACAAUUCCCGUCGGUGACAAUUGCGUUGGCCCCAAUCUCCGCCAUGGAGGCAUCUCAGCACACCUUCGUCGCCGAAACAGGACAGCCUACGCAGAGGCGAAAAAAGGCGCGUCUGGCCUGCAACCCGUGUCGGGCCCGCAAGACUGGAUGCGAUGGGAGAAAGCCGGUGUGCUCGGCCUGCUCCAUGAGGGGCUGGGCAGACAAAUGCUUCUAUCCGGACAGUGUCAUGCAACCUUCAACAGCACUCACCUUGGUCGACAUUGAUCGGAGACUUCAAAAGCUGGAAAAUGCCCGGGCUGGCCAGGACGCCUCCCGCAGCUCGCCAUCUCCGGCUCGGCACCCAUCAUCCUCCCUGGACGUGGGCGCAGCUCACGAUGCCGGCCGUGCCGGGUCUUCCUCGGCCGAGCCCAGCCUGGCCUCGGCCGGCACGUCUUUCGGUCACGCCGCCAUGGAUGAGAGGCCCUCAGAUGAUCCAGUUGCCGCUCGUCCAAAUGAACCCUCGGCAGUGUCAAACAUGGCUUUUAUGCGCCAGGGCAUGGAAGUGCCUGGUCAUCAGGGCCGCCCUCAUGACCUGACCGUGAACUCCGAGUCCCCGGUCUCGCCAACAGAAUCACCCACGUUUCCCGAUCUCGUCGGCUUCUCGCUGCACACUCCGGAUCGUCCUCCAGACGAGUUCAACCCGCAGAACCUCUACCUCCCCCCGCGUGCUUUUGCCGAGGAGCUGCUCCGCUGGUACUGGCAAAACUUUCACUCCAUCUUUCCCUUACUCCACUGGCCCAUGUUCAAGAGCAAAUAUCGCGCCCUCUGGAAGCAGAAACCGCCUCCGAGACCGGCGUUCGACGACAUUCUGUUCUACGCAACCGCGAACAUGGUCAUGGCGCUGGCGUGUCUCCGUCUCGACAGGAUCCCGCUCGAACAGAGGCAGAACCAAGCCGAGGAUUUCUACCACCGGUCGCUACGGCUCGUGUCUGUCGAGACCCUCGACACCGCCUCGAUUCCGAUUGUGCAGCUGCUGCUCCUCCGGGCCAUGUAUCUCUACUUUGCCGGCAAAGCGGACCGCUGCUGGCUCAUGUCAGGGGCGGCUGUCCGGGUGGCUAUUGGGCUAGGUUUGCAUCUCGAUCCCAGGAGACACCUCAAUCAGCUCGAGAGAGAGAUGCGCCGGAGGAUCUGGUUCGGCGGCUGUGUUUCUUUGGAUCAGUACGGUAACCCCUCCCGGGUUCUCAUAACUUACCACCACCCCCCCGCAAAAACCCUGUAAUCAGCGAGCUAUUCUGGUAACCAUGAAAACAGGGUCAUCUCGGUCAGCUUUGGCCGACCCGGUCUGGUGACUCCGGGUCUCACA